UUGGAUAAAUUACAGGAGCGACUGGAAGAAAAAAGGGGACUCCGAGCAUCGACGCUGCUGCUCCUUCCUUCCUUCGUUCCUUCCUUCCGCCCUUCCUUCCUUCCUUCCUUCCUCCUCCGACGCAGAAGAAGCGCGGAGCGGAGCGGUUUAUUCUCGGUGCAGAGGAGAAGCAGCUUAUUGAACAGACUGUUCGAGCUAAUGGGAUCGACAGAACCAACCUCGGCUCUCUGCGGAUGAGCAGGGAGCAUGCUGCCCGCGCACGUUUGGCUCARUUAUGGUGGAAACGAAACAUCACGUCUGAGCCUGAGAGAUGAGGAGGAYGACGAUGACGACGACGAUGAUGAUGAAGAAGAAGAUGACCAGCCUCAGCUGAGUUGCUUCCUGUGAACUGCAWCAUCARAAUUUUUCUCAGCCGGUGCUUCAUMCUGACUCAUGUCUGAGAUGGUGAGUCACACCCUCUUUUCGCCAGGAUCGUCUCGGUGAAUAACCGGCUCUACAGCUGCUUAUAUAAAAAAAGAAGCCCUCUUCCUUGGGCGCAGCGUGGGAGAAAGUGCCACUGCAGAGCUGUUGUGGYAUCUUUGUACAGGCUGAUAACUGGAGAGAGAAAGCAGCGCUGAGCGAUCAUCUUUCACUUUGAGCCACUCACCUUUCAUGCCAUGGCCCUGUAGCUGGCUGCGAGGGUUGGACUGUCGGUGGGAACGCACACGGACUCUCACGCGGACCCAGUCUGCAGGGAAGCACGGUGCCCCCCCAUGCAGAGCACCACACUUACGAGACUGAAGAUUCAUACAUAAGGCAGGCGUCAUGUGAUCGCUUGGAUGACCUUCAUACAAGAUUAAGACACUCUGACUGACUCCUUUUUUWUCCCCUGCCCUCAGUGGGGCUGUGAGGUGGGAGCAGACAGAGAGCUGAUAUUGAUUCUUGCUUUAUGAGUUUUCCUCACCGUGAGGGAGUGUCAAAGUGGCAGAGGGAGCCAGCAUGGCCAAGCCUCUCCUGAGAAUACAGCGCUAUUUCUGCAGGAAACCUGUCAGGUUCUUCUCCCUCAUCCUCCUCUACCUGACGGCCGGGAGCCUAGUCUUCCUGCACACGGGCUUUGUCGGGGACAGGAGYUCUGGUGCCCGCGGGGCCCGGGUCUCCGUCGCGGCUUCGGAGGCGGGCGGCCGAGCCUCGUCGCCAGACGCCCGGGGGCUCGGCAUCAUGAGCAGAGUGUUUCGGGAGACGCACAGGUCGGGUCGGAAACCCGGACCYCGCUGGAUGAGGAAGAGCGGACGUGAGGGCCGGGGGGCGGAGUACAGCAGCAACUGGAACCGCGCGCUCAAGGGGCGCAGCGCCAAGGAGCUGGAAGAUGGGAGAGCGAAGUACUUCGGCUGCUAUGUGGAUGACACUCAGAAACGAGCACUGAGAGGAGUUUCCUUUUUUGACUACAAAAAAAUGACUGUGUUUCGUUGCCAGGACAACUGUGCUGAAAGAGGCUACAUGUAUGCAGGUCUGGAGUUCGGAGCCGAGUGCUACUGCGGCCACAAGAUUCAGGCGCCCAACGCCUCGGAGAGCGAAUGCAACAUGGAGUGCAAGGGAGAGAAGAGCAACAUGUGUGGAGGAGCCAACAGGCUGUCCAUCUAUAGGCUGGAGCUGAGCCAGGAGUCAGCGCGCCGCUAUGGCAGUGCCAUUUUCAAAGGGUGUUUCCACCGGCCAGACAAUGUCACCGCGGCGCUUCCCUUCAGCGCUGUCAUCCAGAACAUGUCUGUGGACAAGUGUGUGGACAUGUGCACGGAGCGGGAGAAGUCGCUGGCAGUUCUGGCUGGAGACCGGUGUCACUGCGGCUUCCCGACUUCGCUCUUCUCCCUUCAUGAGCUGGAGGACGAGGACAUGUGUCUCCACCGCUGCCCUGGGGAAGAGUUUGAGAGCUGUGGAAAUGACAAGUUCUUUGUGGUGUACCAGACACAAGUUCAAG